UCUAAAUGUAGAAGAUAAUCUCUGGCCGCUUUCACAAACCUGUGUUGGCAGCUGUUCCAAGUACUAGUUCUGUGAUCCAGAGAAAGUAACUUACUUAACUUUCAGUGUAUGAAAUAUAAUACAGCCUAUCAAUAAAAACAAUGGAAGGAAUUGGAAGGAAAGCGAUGUAAAUUGGAUUUUAGAAUCCCAUGUUUCGACAUUUUUGGUGGUAAGAUUAGCGAGGAGUGAACAUCAGGAAAAGGGUUCACAUUCUUAUAGGAGAUCGAGUGAUUAAAGAUGGCGGAACCUACCAUUCCUAAUUGGUAAUCACAUCACAGGUGUUUGCAAACAAAUAACCGGAAGUAUGAGUAAGCGCAUGCCUGAGUGGUUCGAAGAGUACCGGAAGGUGAGUGACAAACAGCGAAACUACCUGAACCAGAUUCAGGACCUUCGGAGGACAUUCAACAGUAGUGCGAAGCCUCUGAUGGUGUCUAUAGAGCGACAACGGCAUCUACGGGGACGGAAAGUGGAACCUAAACAUCCAUCACUGCGAAAAAUGGAACGAAAGGUGGUCUUAUUUGGGCCGCAGAAAUUCCCUACCAGACAAAGUUUUUUGCAAGAAAAAUCUAACAAAUUUUACAUGACUCCUACUAUAGUUCCAAGGAACCUACCCCCGCUGGUCCGGGGGAAGAUCACAGACUUUGACAAAGAUGCUGUCCGUAAGGAUUCCGACUUGGACACAAUUGAUGCUGUAGCAGAGACCAAUAAAGGACCUGUUCGAGGGAAAAUGACGGAUAUUUCCGACCUGAACAAAUGUCAUUCACCCCGGAAAGUGCUAUCCAUCAGUCGUGUGAAUGUGAAGGAACUCAUUCCUCCAAUGGCACGUGAUUCGCCCAUUGAAUAUAUUACAAAUGUCAGCUCCAAGAAGGCUCUUAUGUCGGGACCAGCCAAGGAAAAAGAGGGAUAGACAAAUAUUCGAUACAAAUUCCAUCCAGAGUUGUCGUUUUUUGAACUCACUUCUAGUGUAAGGAACGACAACUCUGUAAAGAGAACGCCAGUCGCUAAUGUCACAAUUACUUAACAAAGUGCCGUCAGUGGACAAAGACUAUGACAAAGUACUUAGCUUAAUUUGGCCUAUGACUAUGUUGUUAUACAUAUGUACAUCAUACAUUGUAUAUAGUGCAAAGUAAACCUUCUGCGAACGUUUUAGAAUUGGUGCACGUUUAUCAAUCAUUAUCAAAAUCAAUUAUAUGAUUUUUCAAACAUAACACUGCAUGUUUGUAUUGUACUCAGUUGCCAGCCAUUACGAGUGUUUCUGCGUGUUAAAUUCGAUUAAUUGACGAGUUUCUUGUGUUGGAAACAAAGCAACGAACUUUUAUUGGAAUUGUGUAGGCUUUUCCCCGCGUUUUUUUUUUUUGUUUUUUGUUUUUUUUAAACAACCCAGAUCCACGAUUCUGCCAUCUUAAACUUUGCCAAUUCAGCAAUGAUGUUCAAAAAUAUGAUUUCCCCGAACUAGAAAUCAACAUGACAAAAUAAUAUUUGUUUUUGGCAAUGGUUCGAAAUACACCUAGACUGUAACAAAUUCUCGUGAAACCUAUUCAGCUGAUCACUGACGCUGGGGAUAUAUCAUUCAUGAUAGAUACGGUGCUUUGAAAUAUAAUUGAACGGUGAUGAUAGAAUAAAUUCCACUUUUGAUAAUGUUUUUGUAACUCGGAGAUAACGUUAAUUAAUAAACGUAAAUCAACUUUGGAAUUGUAGUACAUGUAAUAGAAUAUUUCUGGGUGUUAGGAUUUUUAUUGAUGUUCUGAUUGGCUAAUGCUCUAAAUAACAAAUUUUAAAUUGUAAAUGCCGUUGGUCACGUUUGAAGAUUCAUUAUGGUGAUAUAUUUCCUACUUUUACGUACAUUUGUACUGUGGUGAUAUAUUUUUUUUCAGUGUACCCCUACAUACUGAAAUAAAAUAAAGCAUUAUGAUGAUAACGCGUAUAUCAUCUCAAUGCUAUAUUAUCAUACACUACCUAGUACUGAUGUUCUUCAGUUGAACUGGACAUGACUUUUGUUCAUCAUUGAACUGGUCUUAACAUGCUUAUAACUGAGGUGAUACAGUAUAUCCAUAACUAAAUUGGACUAAACACGUUUUUGAUUUGUAAGCAUAUAAUGUGUUCAUCUACAUUGAAUUGGACGUAUAUUGUAUAUUUUUAUACAAUUGAAUGUGGCGUCAUUUAUGUUUAUCGUUGAGUUUGGCGUAAUUUAUUUUCUCCAUUUAGAUUAGCGUAAUUUAUUUUGAUAAUUGAAUGUGGAGUUAUUUAUUUCAAUUGUUGAAUUUGACAUAAUUUAUUUUCACGAUUGAAUUUGACGCUUAUUAUUUCCAUCAUUUAAUUUGACGUCAUCUUUAUUCAUCAUUGAAUUCGGGGUAAUUCAUUUUCCUCGUUGAAAUUAGCGUUAUUUAUUUCUAUCAUUGAAUUUGACGAGGUUAUUUUCAUCAUUGAAUUUGACGUAAUCUAUUUUCCUCAUAGAAUUUGAGAUAAUUUAUUUUUCAUCGUUGAAUUUGACAUGAUUUGUAUUCCUCAUUGAAUUUGACGUUAUUUAUUUUCUAUCAUUGAAUUUGACGUAAUUUAUUAUCAUUUAAUUUGACGUGAUUUAUGAUCAUCAUUGAAUUUGACUUAAUUUAUUGCCGUCGUUGAAUUUAACGUUAUUUAUUUUCAUCAUGGCAUUUAGCGUAAUUGACAUUCAUCUUGGAAUUUGGACAAAUCAUUGAAUCUGACGUAAUUUAUGUGUACCAUUUCAAUAGACGUACGACAUCCAUUGGAUUGGACAUGACAUGUUUAUUAUUUAAUAUAUUGUACUUAUGUGCAUUAUUGAAAUUGACUUACAGUAUUGUAAUAUACAUGUAUUAAUUAUGGAAUUGAACGAUUAACAAAUAGAAUCUUA